AUGGCGGAGACGGACGCCGACAAGCUCCGGUUCAUCGAGGAGGUGACCGCCGACGUGGACGCCGUGCAGAAGCGCGUGCUGGCGGAGAUCCUCGGCCGUAACGCCGACGCCGAGUACCUCACGACGAGGUGCGGCCUGGGCGGCGCCACCGACCGCGGCACCUUCCGGGCCAAGGUCCCCAUGGUGACAUACGAGGACCUGCAGCCGUACAUCCUGCGCAUCGCCCACGGUGACCGCUCGCCCAUCCUGUCCGGGUCCAGCCACCCCGUCUCCGAGCUCCUCACCAGCUCCGGCACCUCCGGCGGCGAGCGCAAGCUGAUUCCCAUCGUGGAGGACGAGCACGACCGCCACCAUCGAUUGCACAGCCUCGUCGGGGCAGUCGUCAAUCAGUCCGUGCCUGGGCUCGACAAGGGGAGCGGUCUCUACUUCCUUUUUGUCAAGUCAGAGACGACGCCGGGUGGCCUGCCUGCGCGCACCAUCCUCACGCGCAUCUUCACGAGCGACGGCUUCUGGAAGCUCCCCUACAACCCCCAGCGCGGCCUCACGAGCCCAGCGGCGGCCGUCGUCUGCGAGGACACGUUCCAGAGCAUGUACGCGCAGAUGCUGUGCGGCCUGUGCCACCGCCACGCUGUGCUGCGCGUCGGCGCCGCGUUCGCCUCCGGCGUCCUCCGGGCCAUCCGUUUCUUCCAUCGGAACUGGGCGCAGCUCGCCGCGGACAUCGACGCCGGCAUGCUCACCGACCGCGUCACCGACCCCUCGCUGCGUCAGGCGCUCGCCGGCGUCCUCCGACAGCGAGACCCCGAGCUUGCACGGUUCGUCCGUUCCGAGGGCUCCAAAGGCGACGCGGCCGGCAUCAUCGCGCGUCUUUGGCCAAACACCAAGUACGUCCACGCCGUAGCCACGGGCUCCAUGGCGCACUACGUCCCAGCCCUCAAUCACUACAGCGGCGGCCUGCCGAUCGUCUCCACCGCGUACUUCUCCUCGGAGUGCAGCAUCGGCAUCAACCUCCGGCCGAUGUGCGACCCGUCCGAGGUGUCCUACACCGUCAUGCCCAACAUGGCCUACUUCGAGUUCCUGCCCACGGACAACGACGACGCCACGGCGGCGAGCCAGCUCGUGGAGCUCCCCCGCGUGGAGGCCGGGCAUGAGUACGAGCUGGUGGUGACCACGUACUCCGGGCUUUGCCGGUACCGUGUCGGCGACGUCCUCCGCGUGACGGGGUUCCACAACGCGGCGCCGCAGUUCCGGUUCGUGCGCCGCGGGAACGCGCUGCUGUCCGUCGAGUCGGACAAGACGGACGAGGUGGAGCUGCAGCGCGCGGUGGAGCGCGCGUCGGCCGCGCUGCUCCGCCCGCUCGGCGCCGCCGUGGAGGACUACACCGCCCGGACGUGCGCCGAGACCGUGCCGGGGCACUACGUCGUCUACUGGGAGCUGCAGCUGCCGGCCACCGCCGGCGCCAAGGGGCCGUCGUCCGCGGACGUCGUGGUCGACGGCGAGGUGCUGGACGGGUGCUGUCUGGAGAUGGAGGAGGCCCUGAACUCGGUGUACAGGCAGAGCCGGGUGGCGGACCGCUCCGUCGGCCCGCUGGAGAUCCGGGUGGUCCGACCGGGCACCUUCGAGGAGCUCGCGGACCAUGCCGUGGCGCGUGGCGCCUCCGUCGGCCAGUACAAGGUGCCCCGGUGCGUCACCGCGCCGCCGGACAUCGAUCUGCUCGACUCGCGCGUCGUCUCCAACCACUUCAGCCCCGCAUUGCCGCACUGGGUGCCUGGUCAGCAGUUCCAAUAA